AUGUAUCGCUAUCAUAUAAUUGUUGAUUGGUCUUUCGUUUUAGUCUAUUGCGUGCUUCCCUUUAUUAUAAUUUCAUUGUUGUCUCCUCUCUCUCUUUCCCACUCUCCCUCUCUCCCACUCUCCCUCUCUCCCACUCUCCCUCUCGCCCAUCCUCCCUCUCUACCUCCCUCCCUCUCCACCUCCCUCCCUCUCUACCUCCCCACCUCCCUACCUCCCCCUCUCUCUAGCUCCCUCCCUCCCUUCCCCCCUCCCUCCCUCCCUCCCUCCCUCCUUCUUUCCCUCGUUCCCUCGUUCUCUCAUUCCCUCGUUCUCUCGUUCCCUCGUUCCCUCGUUCCCUCGUUCCCUCCUUCUUUCCCUCUUUCCUUCCCUCUUUCUCUCCCUCCCUCUUUCCCUCUUUCCCUGCCUCGUUCCCUCCCUCGUUCCCUCCCUCCCUCGUUCCCUCUCUCGUUCCCUCCCUCCCUCUCCACCUCCCUCCCUCUCUACCUCCCCACCGCCCUACCUCCCCCUCUCUCUAGCUCCCUCCCUCCCUUCCCCCCUCCCUCCCUCCCUUCCCCCCUCCCUCCCUCCCUCCCUCCCUCCCUCCCUCCCUCCCUCCCUCCCUCCCUCCCUCCCUCCCUCCCUACCUCCCUACCUACCUCCCUCCCUCCCUCCCUCCCUCCCUCCCUCCCUCCCUCCCUCCCUCCCUCCCUCCCUCCCUCCCUCCCUCACUCCUUCUUUCCCUCGUUCCCUCGUUCCCUUGUUCCCUCGUUCCCGCGUUCCCUCUUUCCCUCUUUCCCUCCCUCUUGCCCUUUUUCCCUCCCUCUUUCCCUCGUUCCCUCCCUCUUUCUCUCCCUCCCUCUUUCCCUCGUUCCCUCCCUCGUUCUCUCCCUCCCUCGUUCCCUCUUUCCCUCCCUCGUUCUCUCCCUCCCUCGUUCCCUCGUUCCCUCCCUCCCUCAUUCCCUCUUUCCCUCCCUCGUUCCCUCCCUCCCUCGUUCUCUCCCUCCCUCCCUCCCUCCCUCCCUCCCUCCCUCCCUCCCUCCCUCCCUCCCUCCCUCCCUCCCUCCCUCCCUCCCUCCCUCCCUCCCUCCCUCCCUCCCUCCCAGCUUACUUCCCUACCUCCCUGCUUUCCUCCGUGCUUACCUCCUUGCGUCCCUCCCUCCUUCCCUCCCUGCCUUCCUGCCUACCUACCUACCACCCUCCCUGCUCUUCUCCCUCGCUCCCUGCUUCCUUCCCGCUCUCCCUGUUUCCUUCCCUUCCUCCUCCCUCCCCUCCUCCCUCCCUCCCUCCCGUCCCACCUUCCUCCGGCAUACUACCGCUGCAUAUCCAGCCUUCCCUGCUACAGCCACGCCGACUUGCCUCCCUGCCUGGCGCGCAAGCACAUUGACUUUGACGCUCACCAGCAGUUCUCCUCGCGCUCUCACAGCACCAAGGGCAUAUUACCGCUGCAUAUCAAGCCUUCCCUGCUACAGCCACGCCGACUCGCCGCCCUGCCCGGCCCGCAAGCACAUUGACUUUGACGCUCACCAGCAGUUCUCCUCGUGUGCUCGCAGCACCAAAGUCACCUACGAGGCCGCGCACAACCACCCCCCUCCCGCCAUCCACCGCCGCAGAAGACGCGCCUCACUGCAGGAAACGCAGCAGGGAUUACACCAGGAGACACCGCAGGAGACGCAGCGGGAGACGCAGCGGGAGACGCAGCAGGGGACGCAGCAGGGGACAGAGUGGGAGACGCAGCAAGGGUCGCAGCAGGGUUUGCAGCUGGGCCCGCAUCAGGGGACACAGCAAGGGCUGUGCAUCGUUGGGGCUUCCCAAGGCGUACUACAACCAGUAUCCCGUCAAGCAUCCUCAUCCGAUUCGCCUCAAUACGAACUGCUGCUGCAGGCAUCGUGUGGUGGGGCUGCAGGGCUCGCGAGCAAUGCAGUGCAAGCAUCGUGUGGUACGGCUGCAGGGAUCGAUGCAGUGCGUGCCUUGUGUGGUGGGGCUGCAGGGAUCGUGAGCGAUGCAGUGCAAGCAUCGGAUGAGGCGGCUGCGCCGACAGCUGUGACGUCCUUUGGAAGUGAGAACGGUGCUGUGCGUCUGUUGCCUUCGUUACCUCUGCUGCCUCUGUUGCCGCGAUGCGACACGUCACUGAGCUGCCGGUGCGCCUGGCAGAAGGGAGAACUCUCCCUGGGGCUUUCUUCCACGCCUGCUAAGGGAUCCUUGGCCUGUGGUCGGGUAGAGCAACGAGAAGAAUCACGUGGCGCUGGUUUCGAGACGUCUCACAACUACCUGGAGCUUUCUUCCGCACCUGCUACGGAGCUCGUGCAUUGUGAUCGGACAGAGCAACGAGCAGCAUCAUCAAGUGGCGCUGGUUUUGAGACGUCUCACAAGUACCUCGAGCUUUCUUCCGCACCUGCUAAGGGGUUGGUGCGAUGUGAUUGGGCUGAGCAACGAGCAGGAUCAAGUGGCGGUGCUAUUGAGACAGUUGAUCCUAAAGGCAAUGUUGAGGAGUUUUUCCAGGUGAAUCUGGUAGAAAGGGAGGGACAUAGGCAAGAGACGAUGAGUGGUGGGAACUUGUGGGAGGGUUGGGGAGCUGGAGAGGCCUUUUCAACUGGUGGUGCAGCUGAACCUUCACUCAAGAGGUCGCCUGAAACAAUCUCGAAUGCUGCGGUUAGUCCAGCUGGUCACAGGAAUUAUCUUGUAGCAGCCCGGGAUGACAUGGAUGAGUCUUGCCAGCUGGCCUUGGUGCAAGGCCUGGAGAAGCGUGAGGAGUUACGGCAUGGCAGCAGCGGCAGGGAGGUGAGGGGUGAGAGGGUGGUUGGUGAGAGUGAAGGAGAGGAGGUGAGGGGUGAGAGGGUGGUUGGUGAGAGUGAAGGAGAGGAGGUGAGGGUUGUGCGCGCGGGUAGGAGUGGUUUAGCGAGUAGGAGUGGUUUAGCGGGUAGGAGUGGUUUAGUGGGUAGGAGUGGUUUAGCGAGUAGGAGUGGUUUAGCGGGUAGGAGUGGUUUAGCGAGUAGUACUGCGCCAGUGGAUCGUGAAGCGGAUAGAGAAGAAUGUAAAACUAGCCAUAGGCCACACGUGUGGGAGGUGGAGAGUGGCCGUGAGAAAGAGUGUAGGAAGCAAAGCAGAAAGAGAAAGCUGGAGAGUGGGGAUGAAUUGUCGCAGAGGAGUGAGGAUAAUGUGCGGCUUGAGGGGAGGGUGGUCGUCUGCAGGAGGGUCGGGGUUGAAGGUCGCAUGGAUGUAAGCAAUUCUGGAGGAUUAAUCGAUGGUCGGAGAGAGGAUGGAGGAGCAUUUCUCUCUCUAAGCUUAUCAACCAAUGGGCUUUCAGCGAGCCAUUGUCCAGCUAGUGCUCAAGACCGUGAGAACCUGGGAAAGAUUUCAGGAUUAGAAGAUCCUGUGGAAGCCGAUGUUGGUAUUGGAGAGAAGGAAAGCGGUUCUAGGGUUGUGAGUGUAGAUAUGUUGAGAGGAACUGUGCAACGACACACUGACAGUCGUUUAGCGGAAGCAUCUAGAGGCGUUCCCAGUGGCAGUGCAGCUGGAAGUGACAGUGCAGCAGCAACGGCAGGAGGGGGAAUGAUAGGGUUCGCGGUGGGAGGAGGUCGAGGGAUCACAGCUGGUGUGAGCAACUGUAUGGCUGGUAGGGGGAGUGAUUCAGCAGAAGAAAACAGUGCCGUCAUAGACUUUACGGACAGGAGGAGAGUUGCAGAAGCUAGUGCUGGUGGUGCAUUGCAGUGGGAAGAGGCUUCCCAGUCAAUGCUAGGGCCAGUGGCGGCACGGCAGGGGAAAUCGUUUUCUCCUGUGAAGCCAGCAACAGGUACCAGCAGUGAUGCGCGUCUCUUGAAGCAGAGGCGUGCAGGGAAUGGUGAAGCAGAAGGUGCUGCUGAAGUGUUGCAGCAGGAACCUCUGGGGUACACAGGAGAGCAGGAAGCGGAUGUUGGAGCUCAAGUGUUGCAGCAGUCAUCGCCUCUGUCAGUGACGGUCCAGUGGAUGCCACAGGCAUGCCGUCCCCAGUAA